AUGGGUUCUGGCGGAUUCUCGUUUCCCCCCCCACCACCUCCUCCACCCCAGACUGGCCUGACGAGUUUCCCUGGUGCUCCAUAUAGUCAGAGCCAAGGGGGACGAGGCUCUGGUGGCCACCAGCGAGGUCGUGGAAGAGGAAGUGCACAUAGGGGUGGGAAAGGAAACCGUAUGAACGGCCCUAGUCAUGGCCCUUCUCAUAAUAUGAACUUUACGCCUGCGAGUGUCAACCGAUAUCACCCUCAUCCUCAUGCUCCGCACCCCCACGCACCUCCGAAUAACCCCCUUCCUCCUCAGUAUAACCCUCAGGGACCUGCCGCACAUUAUGCUCCGCCACCCCAAGGCCAGGCCGAUUUCCCCUCGGCAGCACCUUAUACCCGCCCUUCCCCACAUCUGCCGCCUCAACAAAAUACGUACAGCCAGCCGGUGCCGAUACAAUAUCCCCCCCGUCACCCUGCAUCACAUCCAGCUGCAUAUAGCCCACCCGCUCCCAUGCACCGGCAUUCUCCGUCCCCGAAUCGUCAUCCGCAACCUCACAUAAUGCCACCUCCCAUACAUUGGGGUUUCGAAAAUGCCGUCCAAGGCAGCGCGUACCCACCUCCAGAUUCGCGUGCCCCUCAGUAUGGUUACCCUGAUAAGCCCGACUCAAAACCUCACCAUCCGCCGCGGCCGCCCCACGAUCGCCAUGCAUCCCGACCAUCUCAGGAAUAUAAUUCGUUCUCUUCAACAAACCAGUUCAACCGUGGUGAUAAAUUCGCCAAUCGGAAUAAUAAACGCUCACAUUCCGGUGCAUUUGGUGGAUCGCAGAUGUCUAACACGAGACCAACUGCCCCUCUCCCUAUCCCCAGCUUUGGACUCUCGCUUCCUUCAAAGCCGCCGCCCUCCGUCGACGCUACUAGAAAACAUAAAAAGAAAAAACGAACUCACAACCAACUUGGUCUCACUCCACUAACAGAGGAGCAUGAAUCGAGCGAGGAGGAAGAUGACGUCGAUGAGGAGACCAAGCUUUCACAAACAGUUUCCACUGGCGAGCUUAAAUUUACCUAUAAAGGGCAAACCUCCACCUUACAAACACCAACAGAUAUUGCUGCCUGGAUCGAGGAACGGAAAAAGCGAUAUCCAACCAGAGCAAGGGUUGAGGAGCGUCUGCGGGAAGCUGAAGCGAAGAAACAGGCUGCGAAGGAGGCCAGAGAGGCGAAGAGGGCCAAAGAGAAUGCUACAAGACAACAGAAGAAUAUGGAUCAGGAAGAAGCAAGACGGCCUCUGAAAGAAGCUAGAUUGAAAAAGGACAAAUAUAAAUCGGACAAGAUAGCUCUGAAGGAAGAACAGAAACAGCCACUCGACCCUGCAGAUGCAGCGGCUAAAGCGAAACUGAAGGCAGAAAAACUUCGACGGAAGCUCAUGAAAGAAGAAAAGAGAGUAGCUAGGGCGGAAGCAGAUGCGGAGAAAGCUAGGCUGCGUGCCGAAGCGUCUAAGGCACAGACUAAUGGGGUGCUUGAUGGAGAGGCAAAACCGGCCGUUACCCCAACUUCCGCGGCGGAAUAUGCACCUUCAUCUGCAAGCUGUGAUACCUCAAAGCCAGCACCAACAGAAAUAGAAGAUACCCAGCCAGAUGAUCAAAUAGACGCUGGGAGUCCGCAACAGGAACAGCCAACUUCACACCUUGAAAGCACUAUCCAUACAGACCCAGUCCAAGCUGCGAUUACUGGACCUGCAACAAUUCGCACCCAACAAGAAACCCCCAAUACCAUGGAACAUACCCCACAUGUGAAUGGAAAUGUCCCGCCCACAGCCGUCACUGGGAAUGGCCUAUCCGAUGAGCUCGACAGCCUUUCAUCAUUCUCAGAUAACGAUUCUGAACUCGAUGAUGAAACAUCGUCCAGCGGCUCAGAUUCCUCAGAAGAAGACGACACUAGCUCCUCGGAACCCGAGCAAGCUACAACCAGGCGAGAGCAACCCGAACGUGUCCUCCCACCCGCCCGACAACCCAAAACGCUUUGUCGUCAAUUUGCUAAAACGGGCCAAUGCCGACGAGGAAACAGGUGUAGAUUCCUCCAUCAGGCCCCGGACAAAACGAAAAAUGCAAUGAGGCCCUCUGCUCCCGUCCAGGAUAAGAAGGGGAGGAAAUCCUUGUUUCAGACUCUUGUAAGCCGUGAGAAGGAGGAAGAGGAUCGGACAGUGAUGAAGGCAAUAUCCUGGCUGGGCCAGCGGGGUGUUUUAGCCGAGUCGGCGACUGAUACGGUACAAGACAUUCAUGAAGAACCAUCAACCACUUGA